AUGUCCCAAUUGAUCAGUCAGCUGCUCCAAAAAAAGCAGACUAUUAGCAAUCGCAGCUACGAGCUGGCAAUCCAGCUUCUGGACCGCAAGGUGUUCCUCAAACCUGACACGAUGGUGCCCAUCCGAGGAUGUCUUGUCUUGAGGAUCAAGAAAAAGCAAAUCAAUAUCCCCUCGCUCACAGUCCAGCUGAUCGGGAAAACGCAGCUCGACAAAUCAACAGAAAUCCAGGUCAACCCCAAACGACAAUGGCGCUGCAAUUGGAUGGAGCAAGGCACGUACUACUUCCCGUUUGAGUUCUUGCUGGAUGGUAACACUCCCCAAUCUUUCUCGCACCACAUGGCCAAUGUUAGCUAUUUUUUGCAAACCGAAAUUACCAAUCCUGGAUCCACGUUCAAGGUGCAGAAAUGCAAGACAUUGCUUACCGUAGUGAAGUGCCACUUUUAUCCCGAAGUUGAAGACUCAAUUGCACUUGGUAACUGGAGAAACCUGCUUAUCUACAGAAUGUCCGUGAAUAACAAGACAAUCUAUUUGGGAGACUUCAUUCGCAUCAAUCUGAAACUCAUCCCCUUGCAUGACGACCGCUACAGGAUCCAUCGCGUCAAGAUCACUCUUGUUCAACACACACGAAGGGGACUUAAAGUGCACAAAGAUAAGGUUCCCUUGUACAACCGGGAGCCGCCGGGCAACGACCUCGAAUUGGAGCUUCCGAUCGAAACGGGCUACAUCAAGUUCAAGAAAAAGAACAUCCUGCUCUAUCCCUCAACAACACUCUCCAACACCAACGGAGUCCUUGAGAUAUCGCACAACGUGGAAAUAAGCUUGCUGGUGGAGGAACUCAGCUAUUUGCAGAACCCUCCACUAUCUUCAAUCUGCUCUGAGUCCACCAAGCCUGGCCAGAACAUCGAUGACGAUUGGGCAAUGUCGAAUGCUUCGAUGAUCGACGAAAGUGCUACAUUGCGAAACAAGAGGAUUCAGCUCACCAUGUCAACGAAAUUGCAAGUCCUGCGGCAUGAAAGCCAUUUGGGAGUCGAGCCUCCCCCAAGUUACAACCAUACGCUCAAAUUUCCACCAGAUUAUUCCAUGGGAAGCUAUUGA